CGUCGAUCCCGGAAGUGUUGUCCUGUCUGUCUGCUGUAUCUUGACUUACCGGGACAGAACUACCGCAGGAGUUCACAGAAGUUUCCUCACUGUUGCUGCUGUGUUGGCAGUCUGACUGUAAAGAUGCUUCCCGGAGCCCUCGCCGUGUUACUGACCUUACUCAGCCUCACUGAGAGCAAACAGAAAGACUUUUAUACUUUUAAAGUGGUGAACAGCAGGGGGAAGUUAGUGUCCCUGGAGAAGUACCGGGGUUCGGUGUCCCUGGUGGUGAAUGUAGCCAGUGAAUGUGGCUUCACCGAGGAACACUACAAAGACCUGCAGCAGCUCCAUCGGGACUUUGGGCCGUAUCACUUCAACGUGCUGGCGUUCCCCUGCAACCAGUUUGGGCAGCAGGAGCCCGGCAGCGACAAGGACAUCGACAGCUUCGUACGCAGAGUCUACGGAGUCUCCUUCCCUCUGUUCAGCAAGAUCGCUGUCGUCGGAACUGGAGCCAACAACGUCUACAAGUAUCUUGUCGAGUCUUCUGGGAAGGAGCCUGACUGGAACUUCUGGAAGUAUCUCAUUGAUGUAAACGGCAAAGUGGUGGACGCUUGGGGACCAAAGGUUUCUGUCAAAGAAAUCCGACCCAAAAUAGCUGAAAUGGUGCGGCAGAUAAUCCUAAAGAAGAAAGAGGAGCUUUAACCCCUCGUCUCCAGACCGCUCACCACACAGUGUUCUGCAGUAUGAGAUUUAAAUGCAUUGGCGCAUGAGCCAAAGGGAUGAACUGAACACGUGUUGCUUAUACGAUCUGACUCUGUUAUAAACCAUUCAAAUCAAUUUACACAGCGAAAGCAAAUUCUACUCACUGUCUGAAAGCACUGAUGAAACACCACUGUGUUUUUAAAGGUCCCAUAUUUUACGUUUCUUGUGUUUUAUAUGAAAUGUUGAGCCAUAAGAAGAUAUAUUUGUGGUUUUAAGAACCAAAGACCAUCUCAGUGUAGUUUUACAUGGAGCUCUAGUAACAACAGGUCAGUGAGCCAAUCAGAAGAGAGGAGGCUCUGAGCCUCUCCUCUCUCCUUUACUUAACAUUUUAAGUAAACCUUAAGGAAAAUAACUUAACUUAAGGUGUUUUGUGUAAUGUGCCCCAGUUUCUGAAUACAGGCUGUGUGCAUUUAUCUGUCGACUUUGAUACUUUCACAAUAUUAAUGUUGAACCUAGACCUGUUUAUAAUAAAAAAAGACAUGGAAAACUCACUUUAUACUAUAUGGGACCUUUAAAGACAUUUGAGGCUCCAGUUUUAAGCCAAAGAGCUCCUGUUUCCCUGUUUGUUAGUCACAUGGAUGAUGUGUUUGGCUUUUUUUUUUAAUAAACAUAGACUGUGAUGAAAGUGAUA